AUGUUUAGAUCAACAACUUCUAAAUAUUCUUCCAAUCUAAUUCAAAUCCAAAAACAAUUUUUAUCCACAAAGACACAUGAUGUCGUCGUCAUAGGGGGUGGUCCAGGUGGUUACGUCGCCGCCAUUAAAGCCGCUCAACUAGGUUACAACACUGCCUGUGUCGAAAAGAGAGGUAGAUUAGGUGGUACUUGUUUAAAUGUCGGUUGUAUCCCAUCCAAAUCUCUUUUGAAUAAUUCUCAUCUUUAUCAAGAAAUUAAAGAAAGCGCCGCAAAGAGAGGUAUUGAUAUCAAGGGUGAUGUCUCUGUAAAUGUCCAAAACUUUCAAAAGGCUAAAGAUGAUUCAGUUAAACAAUUAACUUCUGGUAUCGAAAUGUUAUUUAAGAAAAAUAAAGUCACUUAUUACAAAGGUACUGCCUCAUUUAAAGAUCAAAAUACUAUUAAAGUGGUUCCAAUAGAAUCUGCGGCUGAAAAGGAAGAAUUGGAAUUAAAGACUGAGAAGGUAAUUAUCGCUACUGGUUCCGAAGUUACUCCAUUCCCAGGUAUCGAAAUCGAUGAAGAAAGAAUCGUUUCUUCUACAGGUGCUUUAUCCUUAAAGGAAAUCCCAAAGAGAUUAGCCAUCAUUGGUGGUGGUAUUAUUGGUUUAGAAAUGGGUUCUGUUUAUAGUAGAUUAGGUUCUAAAGUCACAAUUUUGGAAUUUGCACCAGCUAUUGGUGCUUCUAUGGAUGGUGAAAUUGCAAAGACCACUCAAAAAUUCUUAAAGAAACAAGGUUUUGAUUUCAAACUAGGCCAAAAAGUUGUUUCUGCCAAAAGAAAUAACGAUGUCGUGGAUAUCGAAUAUGAAGAUGUCAAGACUGGUAAGAAAGAAUCUUUACAAUCAGAUGUUCUAUUAGUAGCUAUUGGUAGAAGACCAUACAUGCAAGGCUUAAAUGCUGAAGCUAUAGGCUUAGAAGUUGACAAACGUGGCCGUGUUGUUAUUGAUGAUCAAUUCAAUACAAAAUACCCAAAUAUUAAAUGUAUCGGUGAUGUCACUUUCGGUCCUAUGUUAGCUCACAAGGCCGAAGAAGAAGGUAUUGCUGCUGCUGAAUUCUUUAAGAAUGGCCAUGGUCAUGUUAAUUACAAUAACAUUCCAUCUGUCAUGUACUCGCAUCCAGAAGUUGCUUGGGUUGGUAAGACUGAAGAACAAUUAAAAGCUGAAAAUAUUGAAUACAAGAUUGGUAAAUUCCCAUUCAUUGCUAACUCAAGAGCAAAGACUAAUAUGGAUUCUGAAGGGUUUGUUAAGAUCUUAAUUGACGCCAAGACUGAAAGAAUCUUGGGUGCUCAUAUCAUCGGUCCAAACGCCGGUGAAAUGAUUGCUGAAGCUGGGCUAGCUCUAGAAUAUGGUGCUUCUGCUGAAGAUGUUGCCAGAGUUUGCCAUGCUCACCCAACCUUAUCUGAAGCAUUCAAAGAAGCUAACUUAGCUGCUUUCUCAAAGCCAAUUAAUUUCUAA